GCUAAACCCUCAGUCAGCUCUAAAACCCUUCAAAGUCUCCGAUAAAAUUUCUAUUAGAGAGAGAAAGAGAGAGAGAGAGAAAGAGAGAAAACCGAAAGAAAGAGAAGAAAGAAGAAAUUCAUGGAGGAUAGAGCGAAGAGCUUGGCAUUGGUAGGAGUCGGAGCUCUUUUGGGCUCAGUUUCUACCAUUACACUUCUCAAGCUUCUUACGAGAAGGAUGGCAAACCAAGGCGAUAAGAAGGCAAUUGAAUUGGAGAGUAAAAGGCUUUUGUCUGAGACACAUACAAGAUGCAAUGAGGUUUCUCUGGAUGGAAAUGAUGGGAUGGUUCGUGCAAAUCUUCUAGAUGACGAGAUAGUUUCUGAACAACUAACCAGGAACAUUCAAUUUUUUGGCCUUGAGUCUCAACAGAAAGUGACUGCAUCCUAUGUUGUGGUCAUUGGUCUUGGAGGAGUUGGAAGUCAUGCGGCUUCAAUGCUUUUACGGUCAGGGGUUGGGAGGCUUCUUCUUGUGGACUUUGACCAGGUAUCACUUUCAUCACUGAAUCGACAUGCUGUUGCAAAAAGAGCAGAUGUUGGUAUUCCAAAAGCCCAGUGCCUCAAAGAACAUUUCUCAUCAAUCUUUCCAGAGUGCCAUGUAGAAGCAAAGGUGUUACUAUAUGAUGCAUCAUCUGAAGAAGAGAUCCUUUCAGGUUGCCCUGAUUUUGUUUUGGAUUGCAUUGAUAACAUUGAUACGAAGGUGGCACUUCUUGCUGCAUGUGUACGUAGGGGUUUGAAGGUUCUAUCGGCAACAGGAGCUGGUGCUAGAGCUGACCCAACAAGAAUUCGUGUUGCUGAUUUGAGAGAAUCUACAAAUGACCCAUUAUCUCGAUCUGUAAGGCACCGCUUGAGGAGAGAUUAUGGCAUUGAUGGUGGAAUUCCUGUUGUUUUUUCGUUAGAGAAACCCAAGGCAAAGCUUCUUCCAUUCAAAGGACCCAGUGGAGAGGAAGAAAAUCCUUCAGAUUAUCAGAUAGUACCAGGUUUUAGAGUUCGCAUCAUUCCUGUCUUGGGGACCAUUCCUGCAAUUUUUGGACAGGUCAUGGCCUCCUAUGUCGUUACACAAUUGGCAGGGUUGCAGGUUCAAACAGAAGCUGUGGUAAAUUUGGAUGUGGAUCAUUAUCGGACCCUUCAUCAACGCCUUAUUGAGCAUGAGGAGUCACUAUAUGGUACUGCCAUGCAAGUCCAGGUUGAUGUGGAUGAAGUGAUGUAUAUUGCAAAAGAGUUGUGGCAUGGACGAAGUGCAAGAGAGCUUUCUGCAAACGAUGUAGGGCGUGGAAUGUGGAGAUCUGUUAAUGAAUUGAUGCUUGUGAGGUGGGAUAGGGAAAAACCGGCAUCUGUCUCCAACUUGAUUCUUUUGAAAUUUAAAGAGGCGGAUGAACAUGAAUCAAUGACACUUGAUGAUAUUAAAGAAAAGGAACCAGAAUUUUUUAAUAGGGUGACAUCUGUGCUGAAGCGAGCUGAACUAGAGUUUGAUUUAUGACUACAUUGAAUCUCUUUUUUCCAUCUUCAGCUCUAUUCCAGUGGUGUUACCUUUCCUGUCUUGUCAUUGGUUUUAUAUGUAGAAAAUUUUGUUCCUAUAUAUAUAGCACCCUAGAGAAGGACUGGGGUCAAAAAGAAAUAUUUAUAUAAAUCCCAGACCAUGAAAGUCAUAUUAAGCCAAUGAAAAUGAGCAUAGCAAACAUACUCAUGUAAAAAAUCCUGUAGCGCUUUCCGGUUUUUGCUUGUAUGCCUGAAUGUUUAUUUGAAUGAGGAUAGGCUUUUGCAGGUUAUUGGA